AUGUUGCCCAGUGGCCGCGACAAUACUUCGCGCUCCUCCUAUUCGGAGCAACAACAACAGCAGCGUCCCAUCUCGGACAAGGAGGAGAUUGCAAGGGCAGCUCUCAGAUCCCUCGCUUCACCCAGCGCCACUUCAACACCAAGCGACCCACAGCUUCUUCCGCCACCACCUCCGCUCGCCCCACCUUCCUAUUCCCCAGCUCCCAGCACCACAGCACAAUUUUCACGUCUACAUCCUUCGCAAUAUGGUUCGUCUCGCGAGCUCCCGCAUCAUAGCUUGGAAGAAGAAUACCGUACAGCAUCCUACGACCGACGAGAGCCUGCUAGCCUAAGAGAGACAGGCAUGACUAGAGACAGCAGCUCCUCGUCUUCCUUCCAUGAGCAGCAUAUCACUGCAUCUCCCGAAUCUUCACCCAUCCUGGCGGCUGCUCCCACGCUUCCGCCGCUACCUCCUCCUCAGAUGUAUGCUCGGCACAGCAUUCCUUCCACAUCCGCUUCCAGCGACAUUCACGAGGUGGCCAUUCGCCGUGCUUCUGUCGCGCUUGGCGUCGACGUCGAGGAAGUCCGUCAUAUCGUUCACAACACCUACCUUUCACACCGCACCUCUUCCACCUCGUCGAGCGCAGCAUCUGCAGCUGCUUCGAGUCAAGGCUACCUGCCUCCUUCAUCGGCAGCAGAGCACGAGUCUUCCUUCGUCCGCCAGGUCCUCGGUGCCUACUCGCUAGAGUCUGAUCGCGCAUCUCAUGCAUCUCACCCACAUCCGCAUCCCCCUUCACAUUCGGACUACGACUAUGAUGCUCGCCCUAACGACACAGCUGCUGCUGCUGAGCCGUCUGGCAUGCCAAGGUAUGAUGCCGGUCCCUCCACCUACCGAGCUCCUCUCUAUCCACAUGCAGCAGAUCGUGCACCACCUCAAAUAAGCUGGGGAUCCACUGCUACCAAUCGGGCCCUCAACCAUGACGCUGGAUACUUGCAUCACGGCAUUUUCCGUCCUGCCUAUCCUGCCUAUCAGGACACUCGCCGUCCCGAAGCGCCCACUUCAAGUACUUCGGCGAGCAUGUCAACUGCGCCCCUCCCACAGCAGAGAGAAGAGUCGCCCUCUCCGUUCGCCUAUGAUGCGUAUCGGAGGACAUCUCAUCAUGUGCCGCCGCCGCAAGAGUCCAGUUACGCCGCACUACCUGCGAGCAGCAGCAGGAUGGCGUCGAGAGCGAGUCAGGAUUAUCUCGACGAGCUUGCGCGCAGCCGUGCCAUCGACGAAGAACGACGCUUUAAUCCACGCUCUCGCUAUCCCGUCUCUGCCUAUGCGCAGCAGCAUCCUUAUGUGCCACCCAGCUCCUUGUACGAGCGCAAAGGCAGGUCAAUUGACGACUAUCUAGAGCAGCAGCAGCAGCAGCAACAACAACAACAACAACAACAACAACAACAACAACAACAACAACAACAACAACAACAACAACAACAACAACAACAGUCCCAGCUCCCACAUCAACGUCGUGGAUCCAUCGCCUACUAUCCUGGUCGCACCACCACGACUGUUGCUGAACACGAAGAUGACAGGCUGCCUGAUCGGCACAUGCAAUCCACCAACCGCCACUCGUUCCAGCCUUAUCUUUCAACAGGCAGUCGAUACACGAUUGUAUCCUCUUCUGCAGCCUCAACUUCGUCUCCCCAGCUUUCGCCGACGAUGCCAGAAUCUCCACGCUCCCAACAGUUCUCUCAGUUGCGUUCUCCCGCUCCUCGCUCGCCUGCUGCUGAGACAGUCGCGUCCGUGGCAUCUUCGUCUGUCACAUCCGUAGCUGGCAUGACACCUUCUCCACUUCUUGGCGCAGUUGGCGGCUCUUCGUCUGCCAACCUUACUCCGGAUGAUCGCGAGCACGAGCCUAAGCCGAGCCCUGGAGUCGAAUCGGACAGGUCCAGCUCGCUUCAUAGCGGCUCAGUAGAAACGGCAGCAGAGUCGACUCGUGCUGGGGUGGCCAAGAUGCAGAUCGACGAUGAUGGCUCUUCAUCCAAGGCCACAAGAGGCGCAAGUCGCAAGCCCGGAUCUUCUCGCUCCUCGUUCUCACAUGCCGACCGCGGCUCCACACUCGUCGCUGGUACUGAACUCUCGCAUUCCGAGAUCAUGCAACGACUGCAGGACAAAGUCAAGAGUCGACUCGCCGCCAAAGGCAAGGCAGCAGCCAGUGCUGCAGGCAGCAGCAGCACCGGUAAGAACGGAAAGCCAACAAGCAGUGCAGGAAGCGACAGUCGUAGCCGAGUUGCACGACUUGCACGCGGCAAUUCAAACAAGCGCAGUGCAUCGAGCAUCACCAAGUCCGAAAGUCCUUCACGUGCUUCGGAUGCAUCACCGACAUCAUCAGGCUCGCGCGUGGGCGAGAGCAAGAGCAGCGCCAGCAACAAUGACAUUAUGGAAGCGCCAACAGCGGAAAAGUCGGCUUCACCAAUGGGUGGUGUACCUGCACCUAAAGUCAGACGCACUUCAGCAUCGAGCCAGCAGAAGCCAACGCCCGCACCCAAACCAUCGCCCAAGUCACCUCCUUCCAAAACAGCCUCGCUUGCUUCGACUGCAAAGAGUACCGAAACGCCAACUUCAAUCGCGGCAGCUCUCUUGUCGCCCACGGAUACACCCACGCCUUCGGAAGCCGCGGCAACUCAUGCUCAACGCAUAUCCAGGUCGCCUCUCUCGCCUGCUGAGGGUGUCGUGGAGUCAGCUUCGGGUCAGGCUCUACCGGCGGAUAUCCCAGGAGCAGGUCAGAUGAACGCUGCUUCGGCGACCAAGCAGCAGACAUCCAAGUCCGGUAUCGAUUCGUUGAUUCAGGCUGCUCAGGCGAGCGAUCCUACCGAAACCAAUUCGGCCAUCGCCUGA